AACGGUGGCAACGCUGUGUAUUGUUUGUCAGAACCGAAAUGAGUCACUUGGACUUUUAAACGAAAUACGAGUUUUAGUAAUACAAAUUCUCAACAGUUUACGUUUCCAACAGUGCAAUGGGCUUAUUUGGCAAAACCCCAAGUAAAGAUCCCAAAGAACAGGUGCAGGAGUGGACGCACAAGAUACGGAAAGAGGGCAACCAGCUGGAUCGCCAGAUUCGAAGUAUUCAGCGGGAGGAGGAGAAAGUGAAGCGCUCGCUCAAGCAGGCGGCCCAGAAAAAUGACCGUGACACCUGCGUCAUUCUGGCCAAGGAGAUUGUGAACGCUCGAAAGGCCAUCAACCGCAUAUACACGUCAAAGGCGCACCUUAACUCUAUCCAGAUGCAAAUGAAAAACCAACUUUCCACCUUGCGGGUAGCCGGAUCUCUGCAAAAGUCCACGGAGGUCAUGCAGGCCAUGCAGAGCUUGGUGCGGUAUCCCGAGCUGGCCGGCAUCAUGCGCGACAUGUCCAAGGAAAUGAUGAAGGCCGGCAUCAUCGAGGAGAUGUUAGACGAGACCAUGGACUCGCUGGAGGAGUCUGAGGAAUUGGAGGAGGAGGCGGGCAAGGAGGUGGACAAGGUUCUGUGGGAGAUCACGGACGGCAAGCUCGGAGAAGCGCCCCUGCCCCCAGAGGCUACUCCGGCGGACAAGGCGUCUGCGUCUGCUGCCCGCGUCGAGGUUGCGGUUGAGGAGGAUGAUGACGAGGGCGAAGAACUGCAGGAGAUGCAAAGCCGAUUGGCUUCGCUGCGAUCUUAGAUCAUAGACUACUAUGCGGAUUGCAUUUAGAUUCCAAAAUAGUAGCAAGUGAUUCCGACUGGCAGGCCUUUUAAAAUCCUAAACUACAAAACACCCGUCAGCGCUUUACCAUAAACACCAAAAUAAUCUUCAGAAACUUAUCUUCAGUUUUUAUAUUUUAAGUGAACAUUGCCCCAGUUCAAGUUGUUUUGAACGUGUUGUAAUUUACACAAUAUAAAUUUAUUUAUUGUAUAAUUUUCCUUGUAUUAAAAAUCGAUAUUUGCUGUGGCA